UAACAGUCAAAACAUAAAUGCAUGCAUACUCUCUUACUCUUCAGUCUUAACUGGUCUAACUAAUAAUUGUAGAGGAAAUAACAUUUACUAUUGCUAUGGAAGAAGGUGAUUUGGAGCUUGGAAAUGUAGACGUAAUCAAAGAGAGCGUCCGAAGUUUGCUUGAUUGUGUAAGAAAUGAAAACAACUGUAUUAAUCCAAUUUCACCAUCUAUUUACAUGGUACCUAGUGCACUACGAGACGUGAGCCCCAGUUCUUUCAACCCUCAGGUAGUCUCUAUUGGACCUCUGCACAGAGAAGACGAGGAUGUGCAACCGUUUGAAAAGCAGAAAGCAACUUACCUGAUGAGUCUAAUGAGUCGUUUCAAUUCCCCACCAGAGGAAAUACUGGAAUUAUGUAUGCAAAAGGUGUACUCUUCAAUGGAACAAAUCAAGGCAUGUUAUGUUUGGACGAAGACCUAUGGUGAUGCUGAGAUUGCCAAAAUGAUGGUUAUGGAUGCUUGUUUCAUACUUGAAUUCACGAUUCAGAUUUGGGAAUCACAUUAUCAUAAAUCAAAUUUACGAAAAAAAGUUCAAAUCCGCACUAUAAUUUAUGACUUGGUGUUGCUAGAAAACCAGCUCCCUUUCUUUUUUCUUGAUGAAAUAUAUCAGUGUACUAUAGUGAAGAUUGGCAAUGACGCCUCCCUUGUUGAAUUUAUUUAUCCGGUUCUAUCUCGCCACAAUCUCUUUGAAAGGUAUAUCAAAAUUGACAAAGUUUCCAUCAAUACUACUCAUCAUAUUCUUAGCCUUGUACAUGAAUGUUACAAGCCUCAUGAUAGUAUCAUUCCAACGGAAUCCUUAAGAUCAAGAAUCCAUUCGGUUGUGGAUUUAGAUAGAGCAGGUGUAAACUUCGAACCUAACAAGGAUCCAACAUGGUUGAUGGGGAUGGAAGUGAAACUAUAUAGGUUCCCAUGUUUUUUUGGGUCUUGGAGUAAGCCUACUCUUAGAAUGCCAGUAUUGUGUGUUGAUGAUUCCACCGAGGUACUUUUAAGGAAUCUCAUUGCAUACGAGCAGUCGUUUGAAACUGGUAAUCAUAUUACAUCAUAUGCGGUUGCCAUGGAUAUGCUAGUGAAUUCACAAGAAGAUGUUGCCAAGUUGAUAGACUCUAGAGUCCUUGUCAAUGAUAUGGGUUCAAAUGAAGAAGUUGCUAAUAUGAUCAACAACCUAGGUAAACACGUGAUAACAUAUUCUUUUUACUCUGAACAAUGGGAAACACUGAAUAAGUACUGCAAUAGUUACUGGCCAAAACAUAUAGCUAGGAUGAGGAGUACUUACUUCAAUAGUCCGUGGAAUAUGAUUGCUCUACUUGUUGGAACCAUCAUAUUUUCUCUAACGGUGGUUCAAACCUACUUUACCGUUAAGUCCGCUUGAUACAACUAGAUUUUUAUAUAUGUUUUGUUUUUUCUUUUCUUUUAUUGUUCACUAUUAUAAGAUAUAUGCUC